GGGACCUCUGCAGUUAGGACAGACUUCAGCAGCAGCUCCCGCGGAGGUGGCUGAACUGCAGUUGGAAGGUAAAGCAAAACUUUCCCCAACUUUGAUUUGUUUCGUCUGGAUUAGUCAUUGCAUACUGCAGAUACUUCAUACUUGUUCUGUUACGAGGCAUUUGCAAAAGCAGCGUUUGUCUUUUAAAUGUUGUUUUCGCUUUGUUACACAAUUCAGUUGGCUGUAUACUCUGUGUUUAUGAACUGUCUACGUGCACAAGUUUAUCUUGAGUAAUCCAGCAAACGCUGAGGGUUUCUCAGCACAUGUUCACAGUGUAAAGUAUACAUUUCAGUUGCAGCAAGUUAUGAUUGCUGCUUUUUUGACUUUUUAAAAACUCAUUCUAGUGCUAAUGAUUAAACUUAUUUAGUACUUUAACCACUAAAAAGGGGGAUUGCAAUAUUUGAUUGUCACAUUCAUGCCAUUUGUUAGCACUUCUAUCCAAUCACACCCAAUGUAGUGCAACAGGAUUAAAUAAAAAACAACAGAGGUCCAUACUGCCAUGUGACAGAAUUAAUCUGUUUACAUGAAGGUUGCCUUUGUGGAUAAGAAUAAGAAUAAGAAGAACUGUAUUAAUCUCCAAAGGGAAAUUCAAUCAUCUGUUGUCUACUAUUUCCACAAGAGUUAUCUAUUAUUUACACAUCUGACUUCCAGAUGUAUUUUGUCUGUUAAUGUAGACAUGCAGGUGGCAGUGGUUGGAGCUGGAGUCAUUGGCCUAUCAACAGCUCAGAGCAUCUAUGAGCAGUAUCACUCCACUGUCAAACCUCUGACCAUCAAGGUUUAUGCAGACCGAUUCACUCCUUUGACCACCAGUGAUGGAGCCGCUGGCUUCUGGCAACCCUACUUGUAUGACAACGGCAAAGUCCAGGAAACGUGAGAACUUCCUCUCUAACGCUCUCUUUCUUCUGCAUUUAAUCUCAACAAAGUUCAAAUGCUCUAUUUUUCCUAAAUCUAGAAAAUGGAACAGAGAUACAUUCGACUAUUUGGUGAGCUGCCUCAGUUCACCAGAGUCUGUGAAAAUGGGUGUUUUCCUUCAGUCUGGCUACAACCUCUUCACUGAACCAGUCCCGGUAGGUAGGAGCCUGUCCUAUACAAUGAAUUGUUGUUCAAAGAUAAGACAUGACCUUGUUUGGAAGACUUUUGCCAUCCAGAGCAAAGGGUAAGAUCAGAGAUUCGGUUCAAUUAUUACCCAAGAUAACUUAAUCAUAAAUGUACCACAUACCAGUGUGUGUGUUUCAGCCUGACUGAAAGUGGAUCUUUGUUUAGCUGCACAAACAUGGCUGCCUUCUUUUGUUGGUACUAACAAACAGAGAGGCCCCAUCAGGGGUUGACAGUCAGAUCCAGAGGGUUAAUUUGGUUUCUAUAUGGUGAUGCUGCAAACUAACACGACCAUGACUGCUUUAGUACAGAAAUAACAGGAUUCAAGACAAACUGCUUUCUUAUUUUGCAGGAUCCCUCAUUUAAAGACACUGUCCUGGGCUUCAGACACCUCACAGAGCGAGAACUUAAGAUGUUCCCCGGAUACAAGUAGGUUUACUUUCCAAACUGCCAUCAAUGUCAAACCAAAAACCCAACAGAGCCACAAAUAGACCCUGUCAUCGUGACUUUCAGGGAAAUGUAUAGUAAAACAUAUUCCUGUAGUAAGACAGAGGAAAAACAUAGAGAGUAUAAUGAGAUCCUCAGCAGUCAUAUUGUAAAGUUGCAUAAGAGAUACUAAUAUUUAUGAUUGGACGGGUCAUUCUUUGUCACAACUACCCUCUCUCUAACACGUAUCUUCUGAUGUGUCCAGUUUUGGCUGGUUCAACACUGCUCUCAUGGUGGAAGGUAAAACAUACUUGCCUUGGUUGAUGGAUUGGUAAGUGAUCUGACGUCCUCUCUGCUUUUUAUUACACCUGCUGUUAGAGUCCAGAGGUGUUGCACCUUUUUGCAGCACUUGUCCAAAUUGUUAACCUUUGAGUUAUGUAAAUAUUGUGUUAACCCAUUUUUAGUAUUAUUUAUGUUAUACUGCUUUGAAUGUCUUACAAUAUUUCAUCACUUCAUCACAACAUGGUGCUAGUGUCUGGUGUCCAAAUGUCCUUUCAAGUUGUUUAGGAUGACGAGUUAUUGAUUUUUAACAGAUGUCCUAAGUACAUUUUUUUAGUAUGUUUUCAAAUGGUUUUUAUGUACAACUUUUUAUUUUAUCAUAGGUUGACAAAAAGGGGUGUGACAUUUCAUCAAAGAAAAAUAGAGUCAUUCAAAGAGGUUAGUGAAUGCUUUUAAUACCUAACUCAAUAGUGUGUUACUUUCCAAGUCUGGACUUUGACAAUAACAGCGGUUCACUGAGAGCUUUAAGUUUGAUCCCUCUCUCCCUUGAAGAAAAGCUGCAGACCAAGCUCUCUUGACAACACCUACACACUUGUUAAAGAGAUAUUCCGGCGUAAAAUUAAUUUAGGGUCAAACACACCAUAACACCGAGUUAGACACCCCCUGGAGAGAUGCAUGUUGCAGACCGCUUGCUUCUCUAGUUAUACCAACUUUAGUAAUGACCACAGGAUAGCAAUACACAGCGGUCUGAGGAGCCAUAAACAAACCUCAACCAAAUAGCCACUCUGUAGCCACAAAUAAUGCUCAGAACAGCACCUAACUUCAUCAACAGUACAUAUAGGGUCCUAGCCAUAGUACUAGCCACCAAACAUCUUUUUAGCUUUGCCUAAUUUCUUAGGCAAAAAGACUAAACACUCUUCACCCACUCUCUUCCAGCAGCUGCUUGUUUGUAGCGAGACCUCAGGCCAGUCCAUUACCGCAGCGGGGUGGUAGUCCGCAGCAGUCCAUAAUGGACUGGCCUGAGGUCUCGCUACAAACAAGCGGCUGCUGGAAGAGAGUAGGUGAGUUGUGUUUAGUCUCAAUGCCAAAGAAAUCAGGCAAAGUUAAAAAGAUGUUUGGUGGCUAGUACUAUGGCUGGAACCCGAUAUGUACUGUUGAUGAAGUUAGGUGCUGUUCUGAGCAUUAUUUGUGACUAUAGAGUGGCGUUUUGGUUGAGGUUUGUUUAUGGCUCCUCAGACUGCUGUGUAUUGCUAUCCUGCGGUCGUUACUAAAAUUGGUAUAACUAGAGAACCAAGCGGUCUGCAACAUUCAUCUCUCCAGGGGGUGUCUAACUCGGUGUUAAGGUGUGUUUGACCCUAAAUUAAUUUUACGCCAGAAUAUCCCUUUAAGGGGUAGGUGUCAGUCUAGUAUCUGAAAAAAAGCCGAUUUGAAAAUUACGGAUAUGAUAUUUACCAUAAUUGAUUUAUUUUCCGUCCAAAGUCAGCAAGAUUACCUUUUUUUGUCAGAAAUCACCACCCAAACACGUAGAGGACAAGAUAAACAAAGACUGCUUUGUCCACAAGGGGCGCCAAACUUUACACAAACCAAAAGUUGCAUGUCUUAUCUUGAGAAAAUAAAUGCGAAAUUGCUUUUCUGAGUAUUUCUGCAUUCAAAUUGCUGUGAACCUCUGGCAGACCCAAACGGCAGGUUCAGACACAGUGGGAUUUUCUACGACACAAACCCACUGACCUUCUUGUGUAUGAUCCAGAUAUUAUGUGCAUCUAUUCUGCUCACCUCACAAGACAAUCACAAAACGUUAUCACUUGUUAUCUCUUAUCAUACUUCCCUGGACCCAGCUUGCAGAUUCUGGUGCAGACGUGAUCAUAAAUUGCACAGGGCUAAGGUCAGGAGAGCUGCAGCCUGAUCCAGAGCUCAAGCCAGGGCGCGGUCAGAUAGUGAAGGUAAGAAGAAGUUUAACUGUCUGGAAUUAGUUUAUACAAUUAGCUAUAAAGCACAUUUAGAAAUAGUGGAUGAGCCUUGUAAUUUCAUGUUUUGUUCAGGUGGAUGCUCCAUGGCUGAAGCACUGGAUUCUUACCCACGAUUUGAAAGCAGGGGUCUACAAUUCACCAUACAUCAUUCCAGGGUAAGUCUAGUGGUACAAAACAGGUGGACAACAGAAAGCAGCUCCACCAGUGGAAGCAGCUGUCCGGGACAUGAGAUCACCAUGAUGCUUUUGGGUAUCAUCAUGCAUGUGCACAUUUGGUUUCUGUAUUUUUAGCUGCCUUAUAUGCUAUGGUACUAUGGUGUUGCUCUCUGUCUGAGUUCUUUCUGUAUCCAGAAAACCAAAGUUGUUUCCAUGUUUUCUACAGAAGCCGUCUGGUGACAGUCGGUGGCGUUUUCCAAUUAGGAAACUGGAGUGAACAGAACAACUCCAUUGACCAUAAGAAUAUCUGGGAAGGGGCAUGCAAGCUUGAGCCAAGUCUCGAGGUAAGGUCAUAGAAAAAUAACUUUAAUCAGUUAUUCACAAUGAGUAUGAAGGAGUUUAUCAAAAGGUGUUUGAUAUGUUCAGAAUACUUUCCUCAAGCCUGUUUUCUCUUGUUCUCUUCCCUUAGCAUGCCAGGAUAGUAGAGGACUGGUCAGGCCUCAGACCUGUUCGCAGCAAAGUCCGGUUAGAGAGAGAGACAAUACAGUCUGGUGGGACCACAAUAGAGGUAACUGUGAACAGCCGGGCAAUUCUCUUUUUUUUUAACUUGGGUUAGUUAGCCAUUUCACACAUUUUAACUCUCAAUCAGGUGAUACACAACUACGGUCAUGGAGGAUUUGGACUCACCAUCCACAGAGGCUGUGCACUGGAGGCAGCGAGGCUCUUCAUGGAGAUUGUGGUGCAGAAAGGCAAAGGUCCAAAAGCUCGCCUGUGAAUUUCCUUCAGAAAGUAGUGAUUGGUACACUCCUUUUUUUUCAUAUCAAGCUUAAUCAAUCAGUGCAUUGCAUCUUACACAGAUGAAACGGUUAUUGUCUCUAACUUUACAGUCACCAUAAAUUAUAUGCCACUUAUACGACAAAUGUAAUGUAUAUGCAACUUGAAAAAGAAGACAGUCUUGCACUUUGCUGUUGUCUAUUGCUUCUUAAGAGAUAACUCAUUCUCAUAUUACAUUCAGAAAUCCAGAAAGACAAAUGUACACCUCUUAAACUCAGCAUAGCUCUAGGUAAUAAAUAACAACAUCAAUCCUCUGCUCUCGUUGAAAGGUUAUUUACUACAGUAUCAUACACAUUUACAUCCAGUGUGUUGACAAGAAUCUGUGCACACAGACAAUGCAGCACUCACUAUAUCAAACACUGGCAGGUAAGAGUCAGCUCACAGGACCUGUGCUAGUUCAACUCUGUCUUUGACUUCGCUCAUUGUGUUACUGGUAGAAUCUGACAGGGCCGAAUCUGUCAUCACAUCACCUUUGUCACAAUCAAAAACAAAGACAACAAUUAAACCAAGUAUUGAUACAGAAUUUACAGAAUGAAACAUCCAGUUAAAUGACUGUGCGUAAAUGUGAACCUGUGUGUGAGAGAUGCAGCAGGGUUUAAAGGUCCCAAAACCAUAUCUUUAUGUAAAUGUCACCUUGGAGUUAUGUGACUAACUGAGGCAUGUCAGAUAUGGAUGAUGAAAUGACUCAAAUUAAGAUUUCCCAAUCCUUCAAUUUUCAGUGAAAUAAUGUCUUUAGAAAGCAGCCCACUCUUUUAAUUGUGCUCUAAAUGGGAAAUGUCGUCACUGUGUGAUGCUCAGAUGUUAUUUGAUUCUAUUGGAGGCUUUGGAUUUUCCAUUUUGUUGAUCAAAUGAACUCAUAAUGAUCAAUAUAUUAACUGAUAUUUUCAUCGAUACCAGAGUAAUAACUGCUUGGUCCAUGUAUACAUGUGAAACAAUACUGACACGAGUAAAAGGAAACAAUAACAUGAUUGAAGAAAAACUGAAGAAAAUCAGUGACUGUGUGUGCAGCAUGUCUUCUCUAUCCUAUUGGAUUUAGGGUCUGUUGAUUUCAUGAUGUAACUGUCCUCCCCUCUGAUGCACUUUUAAUAAAGCUGAGCUUGCAACGAAAGUAUUUGUUUACACAAGUUAUUGUUCUUUCUUAUCUACGCAUCUACUUCCAAGAUGUUAAGAGACUAAUCUUUUUCAUCAGGUUGAAAGUACAUCUCUGAACACUGGAAGAUUUGGUUGUUUUUUUUAAGGCUCUUUGAGAAGAUGAUGUUUAUUUGAAGUUAACUCUGCUAACUCCCAGCAUGUUUUCACUUUUGUUUCUUUUACAUAAGAAAUGCAAUGUUCAAACAUUUUGCCUGAAGUAUUUGAUUUCUCAUUUGUUCAUGAAUGUCCCAUUUUGUUCUCCGCUUACUUUUCACUUGCACCCAUGUGGGUUAUUUGUUCUUUCCUGACACCAAUGUGUAGUUGGUCAGUGGCAAAAUUGUGACAGCAAUGUUGGCUGAAGACUAUAAAACAAUAAUAUUUACUAUUGUGCUGCCUGGCUCUCAGAAGCCACUGUGGUGCCUAAACUGAAGAGUCAUAGGAUGGGAGAAGGACACAGAAAGCUUCUCCUUGUCCCUUCCCCUCUUGUCCUCAUCACAGUCAGCUCUCUCUCAGAUGUUCCCCGGCCUGUCCUCAGCCCUGGGAGGCGGGGCUGGACUGAGGGAUUCCCUCUGAGCCCUGAGAGGGGGCCCUACCCACCAUCUCUUGGCCCCACUCGCGUUGGCUGGAUUCUUGCAGGCCCCGGCCUGUUGUCUCGAUUGGCAGUGCGCAGGAGGCAACGGCAGCCAGGAGGCAGCAGCAGCAGUACACAGAGAGAGCCAGAUACACAGAUGACUCCAGCAUCACCUGCAGGUAGAAGAACGGUGACAUUGUUCACUAUUUUGCUGUGUUAAGGAGCAUUCAAAUGACAACUCUGGAGGGUGGGCGUUACCUGUGCAACAAAAGGUGUAAUGAGGGCUCCAACUCUAGCCAUCCCACUGCUGGUUCCCAAACCCAAAGCCCUGGUGGCUGUUGGGUAAACCUGGAGAGAUUCAGAAAGUACUGAGGAUGCUGUUGCACUGUUGGCUCUCAGCUAUUGAGAAAACUGUAUUUUUUUAUUUUUUACUUUGUUUAUCUUGUUAGAUGUCUCACCUCUGGAGUGUACACAUAUGCAGCCUGGAACCCGCCUGCAAUGAAAGCUCUUGCGAUGAAAAUCAGCACAGUCAUAGAUGCUCUGCAAAAGACCAGAAACACUAGAUCAAAGUUUGAUUUUAAAUAUUUUCUGUGCUGGUCUAGGCAUCCUGUGUUGCAUGAUAUACCCCACUCUCUAUUCCCUAUGUUCUAUCUAUUUCUUCACCUCUCUCAUCCAAUAAUGGCCAAAUACCUCUAAAUUAGUAUUUUGCAUAAACACUUUUACCAGUUUCCACCUACCUCCCAACACAACCAUAGAGAGGAAUUAUGCACAUGGAGAAGAUAAAGAAACACAGGGCCAUGGUCUUCCUCCUUCCUAAUCGAUCAAUAGCCCAUAGGGUCACAAGCAGUCCUGUAACGACAACAGAAAUUCCUGUUAUCAAAUAUGAAAAGAUGGUGUGAUUUAUGUUUUACCCUGAAAUGAUCAAAUGCUCUCAUUUGUGACAAUAUGCACAGACUUUUUUUCUGAGCUGGAAACAGAGACAGUGAUAAUAGCUCAUUUUUAUUUGAUUUUCUCUUUCAUUACAUUUAAAGUGUUUACUCUGGGUAGGUCAACAUGCCUAUAAAAUAUAAGUACCACUUGUUUUGUAAUUUCCUUUCAUCAUUUCAGCAACUUUAGCAUCUUAAAAAUAAAAUAAAAAUAAAAUAAAUAAAAAAUGAAGGUAAUUAGCCAUAAUUACCUUUAUUUUUUUUUGCAAUAUUGAGUCAUUCAGGUAGUGUUUAUGAUUCACCAUGCUCGCUACCAUAAGAUCCAGAUUUUUUUUAAAACAUACACUGUAGAUAAGUUUGUGAAGACACAGAUAAAGAUGUGCUGUCUACCUGGGAACUCAGAUAAGGUAGUCCACAGUAAGUCUUUGUAGUCGUCAGAGUUCAGAUAUUUACACUCCAGGCUGCAUGGGAGCUCCAUCUUAUUACUUUUGGACACUAGAGGGAGACAAACAAAGAUAACAAAUCAGGCAUUUUUCCUUAUACUUUAAAAGAGCACAGUAUGGACAGUUUUGACCUUCAGAGAAAUCACAACUGUGACUUAGACUCUAUUACAUCAACCAGUAGGUAUUGCCAGUGUAAUCAGUGAUAUAGUCACACACAGAGUUCCAGGAUAAGGUCCCUGAACAUAGUAAUACAUGUUUGUGUUGUGUGACAAAGAUAAUGUAAUGUAAUACCUUUCAGAAAAUAAUGAAAGUAGAGGUAAUAUCGAUAAGGAUACAUGAAGAUUAUAAUAAGACUAUUUUCAAUAUGACCACUUUGCUUUAAUUGUUUGAAAUAAAUGUUUGAAAUAAAAUUAAACCAAUCAAAAUCAAUCAUUCUUCAUGAUUUAUUUAAUUAAAAACUAUAUUUAAAAGACUAGAAUUUCCACUUGAUGCCCCAGGGCUCAGCACACGAGUCACAGAGCUACAGUACAUUUUCUGUUGAUGGCCAAAUUAAGUGUGAGUGUUUGUUCCUGUGUGAGUGAGUGCAUUUGUUGUGUUGGUGACUCACUUCCGCAUGCACCUCCCUCCUGAAACAGCUCUGUAGUGAGCAGCACCAGUCCGUAGUAGGAAAAGGAGUUUGCAAACCUGAAAAGACAGAAACACAGAAUGAGAGAAGUGAGUAAAAAAUCUAAAAUCAGUGAGUGAUGAUGACUGGGUGGCACAAUCAUCCUCUCCACUUACCAAAUAAACCACAGCAGCACUGUAGUCCAGCGAAAGUGUGAUGAAAAUAAGUCCUUGAUCUUUCCACGGUCCUCCUAGUUUUGAAGAGCAGACAAAAUGCAACAUGAAAAGGUGCUCAUGUUGAUCCAUUAACUCUGCAGAAACAGCUUUUACCUGUUUGGCAGCAAUGAGUUUUCCCAGUGGCAUCGGAGCUCCAUUCUCUGUAGCAAUCCGCUUUAAUGUUGCCAGAGCUUUUUCCUGAUUCCCUGUCAGCACAUCGUACCGAGCACUCUCUGGUAGCCACUGAUUCCAAAACAGAGAUGUCCAUUGAUAAAGCUGUGAUUUAAUGUUCUCACAUAUUUUACAGGACUAACAAAAUGAUACUCACAAAGCAGAGGAAGGCAAAGAUGAAGAGGGGAAUAGUGGAAAGGCCAAGCAGCCAGCGCCAGCCCAGAGUAGGCAUCACCAGGAUUGCUAACAGGACCUCAAACACAGUGCCAAGUGCCCAAAAAAUCUGCAAGGAAAAAUCUCUAUUGCAUAAAACCCUGCCUGUUGCAUGUCUGUUUUAGGGGCAGAUCAUAUUUUAUGUGGGUGAAAGGUGAGUAAGACAGUCGCAUUGUUUUCUCCAUACCUCGAUCAACAAUAUGCAUGUGGCUCUGGACUUCAUCGGCAGAAAUUCAGCAUAAAGUGUCACCCUAAUCAGGAAGAAUAUAUCUCGUUCAAUCCCCACUCAAGGUCUUAAAUCAGGUGUUGCUUUUACAGACAACAGAGGGUCACUCACGACUGUGGUGCUCCGCCGAUCCCAAAGCCCACCAAUGCACGUAGGACGAGGAUCCAGCCAUAAAUUGGAGCAAAAGCACUCAUCAGGCCAUAGAACAUAGUCCACAGCACACUCAUCUUCAGACCCUGUGAGUGGGAACAACGAAAACAGUCUGAUAAGAGUUUGUCUUAAAGAGAAUAAAAUGAUAAAUUAAUCCAUGCCAAAUAGGCUUUUUUAGAACUUACUGUCUUUCUGCCAUAUUUGUCAGAUAUGUUUCCCCAGAGAGAGGAGCUGAUCAUCAUCCCAAUAAAAACUGCCUGAAUUGAUGAGGAAUAGAUUGAUUAUGGGAUCAGGAAUGCUGCAGUGACUGUAAUAUCAUUUCAUAUGGCUCAUACCUUUCAUGCACAUUUACAAACUAGACGGAGCUGUUGCAUUUUGUUGUGUGUGAUGAGGAUUUUUCAUUUGAUUAUCCUCCCAUGAACACUGAUUAAUUACAUUUUAUUGUAAACAUAUAGCAACUACACUGUAAAUGGUUUGAUGCAAGGUCUAUUGUAGGUCCCCUGUUGUUUCUAACCACUGAUGGCAAUUUAAAUUCAACACAUAUUUACUGACGGUAAACCAUCAGUGGUCCACUGUUUUCCACAACCCCAAACCCUGAGCACUUCCACAAUAAUUAUCAGGACAUUCAUGAGACACUAAGUGUACUUUACAGACAUGAAAGAGUGUUUACCGAUGUAAGCAAUGCCACCUCAAGGCUAGGCAGUCUCCAUUCACAGUGCAGCUGUGGGGCUAAGAUACUGAGGAUCAUCAUCUCCAUAGCAUCAGCCAUCUAAGAAAACAGAAAACUUCAAUGUAUUUAUUGAAAAAGUGUCCGUACACACGCACAGUGACUUGAAGUAUGCAGUGGUAUAUUUUGGUAACAAGUGAUUCUCACCCAGGACAGACCAGUGAGGAUGGAGAGUUUCCAUUGGAAUGUCCCAAAGCCUAUGGCCUCUACAGCAUCUUCGACCAUAAAGGUGUCUGGGGAGAUGUGAAAAUAUUUCAACAAGAACUUAAGCAGUGGUCUCAGAGCUUCAAAAGAGAGCUUUAGCUUUAAUGUUCAUAGCUCUUGGUGUUCAAUUAAUCAAUGUGGUUUCUUGCAGACAGAUUAAAACAUUAUCAGCCUAACUCAUACAAUAAAAAGUGAGUUUUCUGCAGCUCUAUACAAGAUGAUUAUAGACUAAAAUUGUAAAUGUUGAGGGGAAGAGAGGAGAAAUAAGUUAAAUGAAGCCCAGCCAUACUGUACCAUCAGUUGGAUUGGCAAACUCCCGAGGCACUGGAGCUCCUUCUGCAAGCGCCACCGACUCCAGAUCAGUCUGCUCUGCGAUCUUGAUGACUCGAUCUUUGUUCUCACCAUCGUCCUCGGAACGCGCGCUCUCUCCUGUGCGACGAAAGCGGACGACACUAGAAGACAAAAAACGAGAAUCUUUAUUUGAAAAACUGAAGCACCAACCUCUCAUGAGUAUCAGAUGACUAUUGUCAAGAGAGCAAAACAGAGUCUAAAGAUGCUUUUCGCCCAAAAGGACCCAGAACUUUUAGUCAUGGGGACUUUUUUUUUUUUUUUUUUUAAUUUAAUCAAAUUGUAAGGCCUGGCCUUUAAAAUGUACUAUCUACUGAGCAGGGGCUUCUUGUUGGGUAAAACUUCUACCAUAGCACUAAAUGGAGACCCAACACACAGAGUUCCGUGGUAAGGUCACUAAAAGCACCUCAAAUUGGGCUCAGAUGCUGUUGCUUAGGUGAUGUGCACUGUUUUUUUGCUGUGAUUUUGUGCUUUUAGUGUCCUGUAAUUGAACUACUGUCGGGCUAACUGACAGCUCUGCACUGUUCUGCAUGCUUAAAAUGCCUAAGCACCCCAGAAAAGGGGAUGCUUACUGCAGACAGACGGUGUUAUCUUCUCUCACAUGUAUAAGAAGAUGGUUAAUUAAGGAGGAACACGAAAGGAGAACUUGGAGAGAGCCAGCUAGGUCUUAAUCACUGUAAUUACAUAACACAGCCUACUCGCAAUGGUAAGUCUUAGUGCAGCAGAUGAGUGUUUUGAGAGAUGUUCAACCACUUACAUCUUAAUUCUAAAAAUCCAAGAAAUAUUAAUAAGUAUAUUCAGUAAUAGUUUGUAGUGAAUUCUUUCUUUAUUUGUUUAUUAACUGAUUACAGUUAAGUUUCAGAGUCCAGAUCAUCCAUAAAUAGUAAUAUCGUUACUUAAUCGAAUAAAAAAGGACAAAUAUAGUUGUUGUUUUCUAUUUGAACUUUGUGUAUUAUUAUUAUUUCAAGUAUGUCUUAAAGAUGAUGGUCAGGCUUGACUUGUGUGGGCCAGCCUUUAGCUUAAUGAAUGGACAACAGGGUGGCAAUAAAUCACGUUAGGUACUGAGUCAUAACAGCAAACACAUUGCAAGUCAAGGCGGGCUGCUGACCCUAUCAAACCUGCUUCUUGAGUGUAUAUUUAAGCAAAAUGGUAUUCUCAGGUAUAGUCUACGGCUGUAAACAAACUGCACCUCCAGAGUUGUAUGAACACACCAGUUUAUUUUUACUUCUCUCCCUACCCUUGGACAUUUUUAGGUAAUGUAGGAGGACAUGUGUGGUGAUAAAAUGACUGCUUUUUUAAAGAUUUGCGGGCUAUUUAUGUUGUAACCAGCUAAUCAAGCAAACACGAUACGAAGACAUCAGAGGGCGAAGCGUCAGACAAACAUGGUGUCACGGUUUGAAGAUGAUGGACUGAAAGAAAAAAAAACAAAGGGCGUUACAGAACGAGCUGGAAUUUACUCACGGCAGCUGUCUCAGUUGGAAAAGAUCAUCGUCCAUUUUACUGUUUACUGGCGGACGCUCCGUUCGGCCUCAUCGCCGUUCACAUUACCACGACGAGCAGCGAUUUCAGCACCGAGGAGAGCGACCUGUUCCGGGUGUCCGUCAAUAGCCAAUGAGAGGCCGUCCUUCGCGAUUCACAGCACGAGACUCGGAGAGGGAGAGGGCGGGGAGGAUGAGCUCCAGAGUAUCAGACGCUGCUUGACUGUUGAUUGAUCCCCAAACAUGACUUAUCAAUACAGAGACCAGGUGACCACGAGACCUGGCUCCACGACAGGCAAUCAUGGCAAAUUAUGGUAAAAUAGCCAAUACCUAAGCAAUAUUUAGAAUAUUUAGGGCCAAGGUUGUUACCAGCAAGGGCGUAGGAAUGAGUUUAACAUGGGGGGACGGACACAGAAACCUGACAGAUCCGUAAAUAGAUUGAUGAUAAAAAUGUAAGCUUUAACAGUGAAGUCAAUUCAUAUCUUUCUGUUAACUAUUACAGUUAACUGUCUAGUGAUGGGCACAGCAGUUCUUUUAGAUGUACUGAAUCACUAGCCUGGUUGGGCCAUCCUGUUGCGUGAAUCACUUGAUGUUCCUGGUGGGAAGGAACAUCAAGUGAUUCACGCAACAGGAUGGCCCAGCCAGGCUACUGAAUCACUGCAAUCAGUUCACUAAAAAGAUUCUUUCAAAAGAUUCGUUCACCAAAUCACCCGAUCAUUUAGCGCUUGUCGGGAGAAGCCUGCGACUCCGACCUCCUGAACUGAUACACAGCUGAACGGUUCAGGAUUCAGUUGAUUCAUAGCUUCUGGGACCGGGAGACGAGAGUGUUUGGCUGUGUUGCUUUGGCAAACAGGUUUGUAAAAAUGAACUUGUUAAUAAGUCAUGAUGUUUUAAGUGUACUGUCCUAAGGUAUGCUAUUUACCAGGUCUGCUCAGUAAAUUGGGCUCAGUGAGUGAUUCGUUCACUGCACCGUUCCCUUGCAAACCGCUGUAAUGAUCGGAUGCUGCUGGUUCAAUGCACUACUUAUUACAUGCUGUGUUCUAUUUUAUGCAAGUUGUGGUUGCAAUUUAGCAGUGAAAAAAAGGUAGUUUUGUCUGACAAAAAUUAUCCCAGAGAGUAGCGCAAUGCGUGAUUCGUUCACCAAGUGAUUCAGGCAUCGGUGCAUGUGGUCCCUCAUUCGCCGACUGCUGGCCUGGCAAUGCUGUUUCUGGCAAUGCUGAGAAACGAACGAAUCCCUCGAGGAAUGAUUUGGUUGAGUACAUUCACUUAAAAGAUGAGUUUUUUUUUGAACAAAUCGUUUGCGAACGACACAACACUAUAACUGUCUCUAAGUUAAGUUAAAAAAAUGUGUUUAUAGAAUUCAUACAGACAACUAUUCACAAAGUGUUGACAGGUUCAUUUUUACACAUUUACAUGUUUAAAUGCUUUUCUCUGCAGCUGUUUGUUAGGGUUAGCAGAUUAUGCAGAAUGUGCUUCUGAGGUUAAUUUACAUUUAUUUUGAGGUCCUAGCCUCUGAUUGUGCUGUGACACAUGAUCAGGGUUGUCCAGGAUGUUAAGUUUUUGGGUUAUGUUGUGGUUUAUGACAAGAUAGCUGAAGAAUAAAAGUGCUGCUAAGAAAGUUAUCCGUCUCCAUCCUGCUGUUUCUCAUCAACCCUAACCCUAACCCUAAC